AGAACAAGUCGGGUUGGUGUCCCUCAUGGGACAGGCCCUUGGAAACCACCUUAGCGCCGCAAUGCGGGGCACGCAGCACUGUAGUCGCCAAAACAUCCCCAGGUCAACCAUGAAAGUUUACUUCUCCCCCAAGAACGGAACCUUCCACCAUCACAUACAUGUUCUAACGCGACGCGCUUUUCGGAGCCCCCAUCCGAGGUGACCUGCAGCUGACUAUCACGACAUUUUACGGCCAGGUCUGGGUUGAGGACGCCCAAGUGAUCUUUAACCAACAAUGCCAUGACGAGCGAUGUAUCAAUAGGCGGUCUCUAUCCGCAGUACUGCCUGCAACUCUCCCCAACCUUCAACACAUGGUGCCUCAUGCAGGCAUCCGACGUCCACGCCCUGAAAACCGCGCCUGAAUAUGAAGUCCAAAACUUCUACUUCUACAAGAACCUGCCUAUCAAAUGGGCACGCAUCGUCGGCAUCGUCGUAGCCGUGGACGACUUCCCGGGCCGGCGCAUUUACACGGUUGACGACAGCAGUGGGGCCUGCAUCGAAUGCACAGUCGCGACAAAGACACCGCCGGCCGACAAAAGCGCUACCAACCUCGAAGCCAACGGGUGGUUCAUCAAACGGCCGCAGCCGCAGCCUCCUGCCGACUGCAUCGACGUAGAUGUCGGCACCGUCAUCGAUAUCAAGGGAGGGCUGUCGAGGUUCCGCGAGGAGAUGCAAAUCAGAAUCGAAAAGGUCAAGAUCCUCCGGUCCACGGAGGAAGAGGUGGCGCUGUGGGAGAAGCGCACGCGGUUCCGGGACGAGGUGCUCCAGCCACCGUGGGUUCUCAGCGAGAGGCAGAUUCGGAAGUGUAAGAAGGAAGGGAUGAGGGACGCUGAGAGCGAGGAGAGGAAGCGCAAGAGGGAGAGGAGGCGCGAGGAGAGGAAGAAGGAGGAAGAGGAGAUGCGGCGCAAGACCGAGGCUGCCGAGGCUGCUGCAGCGCAGGAGAACCGGUACCGUGCAUACAAGUUGAAGAAAGCAGAUGGAUCGCGGCCGAUGGUACACACCAGCCAGGCCUUGACGGCAAUUCCGACUACGGCUGCGGCUGCGGCUGCACCUGUGGUGGAGGAUCGAUACCGUGCCUACAAGUUGAGGAAAGGAGGCGGAUCGCGCCCGAUUGCGCAUGCUAGCCAAGUCAUCGCGGCGGUACCGACUGAGGCUACGGCUGCGCCGGCCGUGGAGGACCGAUAUCGUGCCUACAGUCUGAAAAGGGGGCACUCAACCCAAGAACAGCAGCCACAGCGGAUCACGAGGCCGGCCCCGACUCCGGCCGCGGAAGACCCUUAUACAGCCUACAAGAUCAAGAAAGGAGGAGACAGUCGGCCGGUCAUGGGGUCUGAUGCUACGACUAUUGACACCGCUGCUGCUGCGGCCGUGGAAGAUCAGUAUCGUGUUUACAAGGUGGGCAGAUCUGGGCUUAACAGCCUGGAGAAGAAAAGAUGAGACUUUGCAAGGGAAGCAGCAUUCUCCUGGUUUCUGAUAUACGGUUCAUUAUAGGCGCUUGGGGCGCUUGGGAGUAGACUUGCUUUCGAUACCCGCGAUUGGCUUUGCGAUUUCAAUUGACUAUUAUUGCUGUUCAUUCUACGACGCAUUCUACACUUCCAAUACCAUCUUUCGCCUGGCGCUACCUUUAUGGAAUUGUACAGUUCAUCUGCACAUGCUCUAUUUCGCAGCAGCAAGCCAAGUGUGGUCACUGACAUCCGCCAAGAUGGCGCCAAGGAUCCCCCCAAGAUCAUAUUGCC